AUGGCUGCUCCUGCUGCUUCUCCUUCUUCUGCUCCAAGACCUAGAGAUCUGCCUAAAGAUCUUUCUGGCACUAAAAUCAAGACACAAGUUUCUCAAAUUUAUGGAGUGGAGCCUGCUGAGAGUAAUGUACUGAAUGGUGGCAAACCAGGUCCUCAUCAAAUUACUGGCAAUGGGGUUGGAUUCAAACCAGAUAUAUUGGACAUGGAUGUAAUGGAAGAAGUCCUGGAGGUUAGUAGCGAAGAUGCUAUAAAUAUGGCUAGGAGGUUGGCAUUGGAGGAAGGUCUUAUGGUGGGAAUAUCAUCCGGAGCCAACACAGUCGCUGCACUUAGACUUGCUAGAAUGCCAGAGAACAAAGGCAAACUUAUUGUGACUAUUCAUCCAAGUUUUGGGGAGCGAUACUUGUCUUCUAUCCUGUUUCAAGAGCUGAGGAAUGAAGCUGAAAAUAUGCAGCCUGUUCCUGUGGACUAA